GAGGCUCAACGGUUCCCGCGCUCUCUUUAAACUGACCAGGACUCUGUUUCCUGCAAUUCCUUUAAAUUUACCAGGCUUACUGUAAACAAAAAUUAUAAUAGAGUAACAUCUAAAAAUUGGAACGAGACUGUGAGACACAAGAGGCUGUAGACGUUGGAAUUUGGAGCAAAAUUGUGCUGGGUUAUUAAUCCGAUAAUCCGGAAGAACGGCCACCGCCAAAAACUCCGGGCAUGCCGGAUGCUCGGGGUUUUACUAGUUGGGCGGUACCCCUCACGCUCCCUACCCUCCCCGGUGCAUGUGUACGGUGCAGAUCUAAAGGGGCCAAGGAAGCCCGCAGAGGAGGGGGUGCACCAGAGUGGGGCCACAUUAGCACGGCGCCGAGCGAGCAUCCGUCUACCGGGGAAACCCUUGGAGACGGUGCAAAAUUCUUGUUCCGAGGUCGUUUGGGAUUAUGGUUCGGUUCUUUCAGAAGUUUACCAGGAGGAGGCUGGACUUCCUGAUGUGGGCGCCGAGUAGCUGCUCCCUGUUUAAAUUCCGACCGAGCGGUCUUGGCUGCAGCGACUGCUGAGGGAGAUGCGCGCGUCCGUGCAGUUCCCGCUGCCGCUGCUCCUGGGUUUGUUGGCGGCGGCGCGGGCCGAUUCCUCCGCCUCCCGCUUCAACCUGAGCCUGGACGAGCCGCCCUCCCGGCGCUGGGAGCCGCUGCUCAGAAAAUACGACGUCGCGCAGCUGAGGAAGGACAUGCUCCACGUCGUCCGUUCUGUUGCUCCAGAGUGGGUGAUUCAAGUUGUUAACCAGCUAGCACCCCUGCUGAGCCAUAUAUUACCAGAAGCCUAUGAAGAAGAAAUUAAAGGAAUCAGUAAAUUCCUUGGUGUAGAGCUUGGAGAAGGACUUCUUAUCAAUCUUGCUUAUGAAGUUUCUGGAUAUUGCACUAGCAUUGUUGCACAAGACUCAAGAGGAAAGAUUUACCACGGUAGAAAUAUGGACUACGCCUUCACUGAUAUUUUAAGGUCUGUCACGGUUGACCUGCAAUUUGUAAAGAAAGGUCAGAUUGUCUACACAGGGACAACAUUCAUUGGUUUUGUAGGUUUAUGGACUGGGCAAAAACCAAAUAAGUUUUCCAUUUCUGGAAAUGAAAGAGCUAAAGGUAAUUGGUGGGAAACUGCAAUUGCUGCUCUUCUGAAGAGAAAUCCUUCUCCUAGCUGGCUGAUUAGAGAUACUCUUGCAGAAGCUGUAGACUUUGAUGGCGCUUUAAAGAAGUUGGCCUAUACUCCGAUCACUGCAAAUGUGUACUUCAUUUUAGGCGGAGUCAAUCCGAAUGAAGGCAUGAUUAUAACAAGAAGCCUCGAGGGGCCUAUGGACAUCUGGCCUUUGAUGUCUACUAAAGGACAAUGGUACAGAGUAGAGACGAACUAUGAUCAUUGGAAUGCUCCGCCUCCAUGGGAUGACAGAAGAACACCAGCCAAUCACGCUCUCAAUGCCACAACGCAAAAGAAAAUCAAUCUGAAAACAAUGUUCAAGGUUCUCUCUAUCAAACCAGUGUUAAAUCAGUUCACAGUCUAUACAACAUUAAUGUGUGCUGCACAGCCUAAUGACUACAAGACAGUGAUUCGGACAGGACUUAAAGCAAAAUAAUUGGAAUUUUACUGAAGUCAAUGGACAAAAAAAAAUCGCACUGCUGUCCUGAAUUAGAAGAAAAGGCUAUCAAGGAAUAUCAAGAUGCUCUUUGUCAGUUUUUCUGUUUGAUGUGAUUUUCUUUUACAAAUGUUGCAUUCCACAUUGACGCAGUUGGGUUUACACUGCUCAAUCCCAAAUGUUUUACAAAGCUUUUCAUUUGAAAAUCAGCUCAUCUGCUCAUAAAUUUUGUUGAGAGAUUUCUGCUUGCUUUCUUUAUGUAAGUGAAAUAUUCUAAAAUGACAUGCUAAUUUUUUCACAAAUUAAUGGUUGUUUACAGAGGCAGAUUUGGAAUAAAAAUUUUAGUGCUGCCAGGUUAUUGACAGCAAUUCACAGAAUUAACAAAGCCAAAUCAGCUGGAAGAUACUACAUUUCUAUGAACAAUUCUAUUAGAUCUGAGUGUCUAAAGAAUGUUUUGUAUACUAUGAACAGAAUUCAGUUCUUGCUCUCACCACAGGGAAAUUUAGGUAAUAACUUUCAGGUCAUAAAACCAAGCCAUAGAAGUACAAAGUUUGAUAGAAAUAUGGUAGACAUAUAAUAGCAAAUAAAAUGUAAAUGUCUUUUUAAAAAAUAUAUCUUUUUCUAGAAGUGAUUACAACAAAAGCUUGAUUAUCCAUUAUGCACUAACCUUGACAGGUGCCAGUUGAUCAAGAGUUGUCCCAGCCAUUCCCUUACUGCUGCCCUGCCAUUCCUUCAACAUACUUUCUCUGUUAACUCAGGCACUCAUUUGGUGGUGUCCUAACUUCAACACCAUCACUCCCUCAGUGCUAUUCCUUCAUUGGCUCAGGUUCUCCCUUGGCACUGCCUGAUGUUGGCUCAGGCAACCCCUCGAAUCUGUGCUAUAGUCUUAUUGUGGUAGUCUUGUACUUUGGUAGUACAUUUUGUAAUGAUUGAUGACCAAGAAUGAUUGUGGAUGACCAGAUAACUAAAAGGAUUGUGAAUAUGCCCUUGCCCAACAAUGGCACUUGAGACGUGCAAAGUGAGCAACUUUACUCUGCUGUCUCCUGAAGUUUCCACAAUCAUAGCUUCUGGUCUCUGGUCAAUUUGGUCCAGAUGCUGUUGAGUGCAGUAGACACAGCAAAACCUUCGGCCACUGACAGCAUCAAAGCUGUAAAGGCAAAGGGCUGACACAUCAGAAGUAUCCAUUUCUUAGCCAUCCUGUUCUAGCAGGAUCAUGGUAUUUGUCUAAAAAUAUAUGAGUGCCCACGAUUGUGACAUUCUCAAAAAAAGACAGAUAGCCAACCCAGCAACAACUACCCCCAACAGCCUACAUUGAAGCUGAAUGACAGAACAAAGGCAAAACCAUCUGCUCAACUACAUUGGGGAGCAUUUGACCAAGUGUGGCACUGAAGAGGGCUGGAAUCAAUAAGAGUCAAAGAACAAAUGGAGAGGCAUUGGGUGUUCAGACCUGGCACAAUGGAAGAUGAAUAUUCACACAGUAUUUAACUCCAUAAUGAAGCAGCCUGUGUCAUCCUACAACUAGACCCACUGUUGAAUGUUGGCUGACAAAACAAUAAUUUGGGCUAUCUACAAAAAAGAGACAGGGAAUUAACCACUCAGUCAAAAAGGGAAGAUUUAACCACUCCAUUGAUAAGGGAGGAUUUGAGUCUCUUUUCCUCCUCUGUUAGUAUAUAGAGGUUGUCGGACCUCAACCAAAUUUCCAUAUGCAUGUUAAUGGACUAAUUAUCACCAUUAUUUUUUUUAAAUUUUUAUUUACAGCGUGGUAACAGGCCCAAUGAGUCUGCGCUGUCCAUUUUAAACCCAAAUUAACCUACCCGUACAUCUUUGCAAUGUGGGAGGAAACCAGAGCACCUGGAGGAAACCCACGCAGACAAAGGAGAACGUACAAACUCCUUACAGACAGCGACGGGAAUCGAACCCCGAUCGCUGGCGCUGUAAUAGCAUCGUGCUAACUGCUACGCUACUGCGCCGCCCACUUUUAUAUCUGAAUAUGCCUUAAUUUGCACUUUCCAGUGCAAGUAAGUCUUUUGUCAGCCAACAUCCAACAGUGUCUGCUUCCAGUUGUAGGUUUAUUCUAUAAAAUUUAUACCUGGUUCUCUAUGAAUUUUGCAUAGUUUGUUUCAAAAGGAGUCCAUGUAAAAUAAUAAAGGUAGGCUUAAGGGAACACCUUAAAGGCUGAGAGAUAGCGAGGUGGAUGAAGUUAUGAAUAGAAUUUCAGGACAACAGGGCUUUGCAGUGAGUUCAAAGAGGAUGAAAAAAGGCAAGAAAUGAAAAGGAUGAGGAAGUUCAGCAGAAGUUGAGCUGACAGCUGUUACAACUGCAGAAUUCAAUUCCAAUAAGAAAUAUUAAUCUCCUGAACAAUUCAUAAAAAUAUAAAUAUUUUCAAAUGAGUCUAAAAGAUUAAACAUAAGUAAAAGAAAACUUCAGUGUUGUGAUGGCCAGUCAUUAGACCCUGGCUCUUGCUUGGCAAGAAGGAAUUAUACAUACUACUGAUGUAAAUCAUGUUGUUUAGUUUUCUUUUUCCUUUCAUAAUUACAGUAUGUGCCUGAUUUUAUAUUUACCUGAUGAUGCAUAAAUAAAUUCAACAUUUCUGCAA